CUUCUCACUGUCACUCACGCUGACCGUCAAGGGAUAGUGUUUUGGCAAGGUACUGAAAAGAAUUUGCUGGUAGGGAUCACGAUAAGAAAGUAAUUAGACCCCAUAUCCAUCAAAUCGAGAUGCAAUCAACAUCAUCACCUCCACCUACCUCUGCUGAAGGCAGACCAGGUCCAUUUGGUCUAUCUGAACAUCCAUUGUUACCGAUGGCAGAAGUUGGAAAAGUGAACCGCAAAGGCCAACUUCGUGGAACGGCUACGGGAAUAUUUAGUGGUGUCUUGGGCGCCCUCUUCGUUCGAAAUGGUUUGAAACGAUCCCCGAAUGCUACGGUGAUGAGUGGGCUGUUGAUCGGAUCUCUAACAGGUUACAUUUCCAGUACAAUUUACGUAAAGGAAGGACUGAGAAUACUAGAGGAAAAGAAGCAGUCUUUGCGUUCUACCGUUGAUCGUGAUACCGAUCUAAUGAACACUCUCGAUAUGCAAGCAGGUCAGAAUCCUAAUUUUGAAGCAGGCGUUGCAGGCUUGCAUGAAUUCCAAGAUCGCUCCCAUUCCACCAGAGGGGAUCAUUAGUGCUUCAUUACUACCUAUGUAUUUUAUUGUCCUCACCAUCACCGCUCUAAUUCAUCAGACAUCUAGCAUC